GCUACACCGUACAAACAGGCAAUGCCAAUUUUCUCAUAUAGUCUCUCGUUCCCGUCGCAGUCGUUGCCUGUCAUCAUCUUCGCCCUUUGGAUCCCAUCCUCCUUUGUACUCCAGUUGUUGCUGUUCUCCAAGUCGAUCUCCCCUAGGUCACUCACUCAAUCUUUGCUUACCCUCAUCCAUCAGGCGUCCGAGCCUUAUCACCAUUGCCCCAGCCACAAAGGGAAGCUGGAGUCGUCAGCUCGCAAUUUCUGGUAGAUCAUGAAUCGCAGUUCAUGACCGUCCUGCCUCUUGUCUGAAUGUCUCGGCGCUAUCCUCUAUUGCUCUCCUGAAAGAGGAUGCAACGGCAGUACAGUCGGGUGCGAGAGACGGCCUUCGAUCUCUAUGCUGAACGCGACGCCCUUCCAUGGUAUUAUCGAGCCACUGCUCUCGCUUCUGCAUGGUUUGCCCUGGCAGGGUACAUCAUAUUUGCCCUCGUUUUCACCUCAGGCGAACGUAAUAUCAGAAUCUCACGUACCGCUCUGACAGUCCUUGCUUCCAUUUCUCUCGUGGUCGGCUAUGUCGCGAUUGCAGCGGUCGCCUUCUAUGCCCGCAGCCUCCUCUUCCUGUACGAUGCCGUCCUCCUACCGAUCCUUACCUCGUCCGUCAUGGGUAUCGUCAUUACAGUCCUGAACCAUGCCAUUCACAAGGACUUGCCUCUACCGACUGAAGCCUAUAUCUACAUCCCGCUAGUGACGGCAUGUACGACUACAGUUGCGGCGGCGCUGCUCAUGUUCACAACAAACAGAAAAUUGGCAAAGAUCAAGAGACUGGACAGACACAGGCGACAACAUCUCCCAACAUAUAACAGGAAUUCUUCCAUGAGUUAUGGCGACGCGGUUUCCACGACGGAACUGCUACCCAUAGACCCGACUCUACCGGAAGACGAGGCGCAGCGUCGGCAACUUCUACGCCUGUUGCUGAAACGAGAAGUUGCGCAAUCAUCUCCGGCAAUGCCUAGCGGGGAAAGUACAUACAAGAUCUUUUUGCCUGGAGACGAGGGUUUUGGCGGAGUGUUGGUGGUGCCUCCCGAAGGUCGACCCCGAAGUGGUAGCUUGCCAAAUACCAGCAAGUGGAAUAUUUUGAGCAAGGUUACUCGGGAUCGCAGCCCAACAGUGGAGAGCACGACUUUCAAAGACCACCGGCAACGUCGGCGGGAAGAAAUUGAGCGGACGUCGAUACUUAUGCCUUCAGGUACUGAGAGUCCAUGGCUGCAGACGCCAGGAGCGUCUUCUCCUUACUACUCUUCCCAGUCUCAGACUUGGGGAGGUUCGACGAGAUAUGCGUAGUGGUGUCUAUUGUUGGCGGAAAAUGUGUUUGUCUAGCGAGGCGUCUUGGAUGUUACUGGUAUUCUCGUGAUAUAUGAAUGUAAUAUAUACAGAUGUGAAGUCCC